GGAGGGAAGAGUUGGCUGGUUCGGGGAGAGCCGAGCCGGCGCUGCAGGCGGGCGGGCGGGCGGGAGGUUCACUGGCAGGGCAAAUAUCCUUAUAUAUAUGGGUUAUUUUUGAAGCUGGAUUUGCAUGGAGCUGUGAGCCUUUCCGUUGCGGGGUGCAAGGCACCCCUUCCCCCCAGUUUUGCACCCCACCCACCCACGCAUCCCUUUGCACAACCCCCGGUUUGUUACUUUGCAGGGCACCCAAGGGUGCCCCGGGGGUGCCAUGGUGCUGCGGGGCCCCGAUCCGGGCCCCGAUCCCCGCUCCCCGCUGGCCCUGGGACUGAGCACCUUGCACACGCUCCUCUACGCCGGCCUCUUCCUCUUCGCCUACCUGCAGCUCUGGCUGCUCCUCUACUACCGGGAGAAGCGGCUCAGCUACCGCACCGUCUGCCUCUUCCUCUGCCUGCUCUGGGCGGCGCUGCGCACCGUCCUCUUCUCCUGCUACCUGCAGGGCGCCCUCCUGCCGCCCCACCGCCAGCCCCGGCUGCCUCCCUUGCCCCGCUGGCUGCUCUUCUGCUUCCCCGGCUGCCUCCUCUUCGCCACCGGCUGCCUCCUCAAUCUCUAUUUUGCAGAGGUGAUCUUCAAAGUGAAGUGUGCCGCCGAAUUCAACAAAUACAAGGCCACCCUAUACGUGGGCUCCAUCCUCACCAGCCUCCUCUUCGUCUUUGUGAAUUUGACGUGUGCAUUGCUGGCGCACGGCGACCUCCCUGAGGACCAGCUGCGGUGGACGGUGUUCACCCGGGCUCUGAUCAACGACAGCCUCUUCAUUCUCUGCGCCGUCCUGCUCGCCUGUUUCAUGUGCAAGCUGUCCAAAAUGUCUUCGGCCAAUGCUUACCUUGAGUCCAAGGGCACAUCUGUCUGCCAAGCCUUGCUUGUGGGUUCUGUCGUCCUCCUCCUGUACUCCUCGAGGGCCUUCUAUAACCUGGUGGCGGUGGCGAUCUCCCCGGACCACGUGCCCAGCCCAUUCAACUAUGGCUGGGAUAACCUUUCGGAUAAGGUUCGAGGCGGAGAAGGUGGAAGCGAAGAAUACGUGGUUUUUGGGGUCGUCUUGUUCCUCUGGGAAUUUGUCCCUACAGCAUUCCUGGUUCUCUUCUUCCGGGCUCAGAGGAUCGCACAGAACCUGGCGCCGGCUGGAAUGAUAAACAGUCACAGCUACAACUCCCGCGCCUAUUUCUUCGACAAUCCAAGGCGAUACGACAGUGACGACGACCUUCCGAGGCUCAGCGGAGGAAGCUUGGCUACCCCCCAGAGCUCUGGCUGGUACGGUUCCUUGACGGGGAGCGACAGCUGCGCCAUGAUCCCGCCGUUGGUGGCCCCUCCGAUGGACGUGGCCCCGCUGCUCUUCACCCAUGGGAGCCUGGAUUCAAGAAGCCACCCGAACCCCCGCCUGGUGCCGUAGGACUGGAACUCGCGUGCCUCUGGGGGGCUGCGCCUGGGUGAGAAGCGGACGGAGCGGGGCUCCAACCAGGUGCGCAGGACUUGGGCGGCAGCUCCCCGCUGGGUCCCCAAAUACCUAGCGCGGCUCCCGAAGUUUCCGGGACGUGGGAACGGAAGGACGGGAGCUUUGCAAAGCCAACUCUUCUUGCCAAGCGGUACUUGCAAUGAUGGAAGCCGGCGAGGUCAAACCACAGCCCUAUAGUAUUUCGUUUCAGUGGGUCAGGCCUUCCAGAGGACGAUACCUUGGCAACCGAAAACAGCAGACCUUGAUGGCUGAUAAUUUGCACUUUUAACCGAACUUUCCCAAGGAACUCUCCUUUUCCCUGACAGUCAACUGUCUCCAUCAGCUCGUGAAGACGGUUCUGGGUAACCCUUUUAAUUGCACAUCCAUAGCUGGGGAAGUUUGUUUGGUCUUCCUGCGAUGACUGGAGCAUCUCUGCGUACUAACGGUGGGGACGUUUCGGGUCGGGUGGGGAAUUCCUUGCUUCCAAACUUUUCAGAGUUUUAAAAUGGGGAAACCAUAACACACAAAAAAGAAAGAAUGUUAACAAGUGUGGCACAAGUGUCGUGGUCUCACAAGGGUUAAGUUACGUUGCAGCUAUGCUUUACUAUCAAUCUGUUUAUUCCUGGGGCUGUUGAAGCCAAUUCUUCAUAUCGAUAUUUUUUUGCAUGUGGUAUGAAGCCCCUUGCGACCGACUGACUUAUGUUGAGCAUUGAUUUAUAAAACUAAAAAACUUGGUUCACACACUGGGGAAAGCAGAGCUGUUACUCAGUGGUGCUUUAUUUUGAUUUUUAAGACAGAAUGGCUCCAUGAGGACUAAUUGCAUGCUUGAUAUGGAUAUUGCAGAAGCAGCUGAGGUUGAUACCUCGGCUGCUUUUAGCCAGCCAGCUACAGGUGUGGUCCGGGAUGGGAGAGCCUUCUUAGGGUUCGCUUAGCAGUCGGGAAGAAGCACGGUUAGCAUCUGGACUACUUAGCAAUCACGAAAUAGCACUGUCAUCUGCAAUGGAGAAAAAGUUUGGUUGCACUCUCUAGCAGAGUUGAAGAAAACUUUCCCUCUUCUCCUUUACUCCCUGCUUCUUCUUAAUAGAGAAGUGUAGCCAUUGAUGCAUCUUCUGGAAGAUUUUGCAGUUCAUGGCAGUCAUACUUCUCAGCAGAGGGGACAGGGGGCGGUUGCCUGUUUAUAAUGCACACAGCUGUGUUGUCUAGAGAAGCUGCAAUCCCUCCAUUUUUUAAAAAUCCAAGCUGGGAAUGUACACUCUUGAGUGGGAUAAAGUGAAGACUCCCUAAGGGUCAAGAGGCAGGCUAGAUGAACCCCUUCUUAUAUUGGGUCAUUUCCACCACCUUCUGGCUGCAAAAAUCUGAUUCUGCUCCCUUGUGACGGAAUGAAGACAUGUCCCCAUUGCAUAGAAGUUCAGAUCUGAGCCGGAGCUCUGUUCCACAAGGUUGCGUGCAUUCUGCUUCUCAGGCAGUUUGAGAACCAGGUUGAGUUAUCCCUAACAGUGAGAGGUAGGAGGCAGUAUCUUGCCAAACAUGGCCCUCCAGCUGUUUUGGGGACUACAACUCCCAUCAUCCCUAGCUAACAGGACCAGUGGUCAGGGAUGAUGGGAAUUGUAGUCUCAAAACAGCUGGAGGGCCAAGUUUGGCCAUGCCUGCUUGAAGUGAACUUGACUUCAGCACAAAUUGCCGAUUUUAAAAUUUGUUGGGGGGUGUCGUGCUUGCGAAAGUGCCCGAACAAGUUUAGGUUCUUGCACAAGCUCUUCACCCAAAUACCUGCUUGCAGCUCAGCCUCUUCAGAGAUCUGGGGAAUCUUUCACCAAUCAACUGGACUAUAGUUCCCAACAUCCCUGGCCAUUGGCUGUGCUUGCUGGGACUGAUGGGAGCUGUAGCUCAGCAGCACCUGGUGGGUCCAAACCCCGCCCCCCCACAAAGAAACACCCCUGGGCUGAGGUCAUGUGUUGCAGAGUAGCUGUUUUGGGGGCCUAAAGCCAUCGAGGUUGUCAGCAAAUUCCACUCCCAAGUGACGCUAAGCUGUCAAAGACUUGCUGGGAGACGUUUGCCCUUUCCUAGCACUGUGCUCACAAAUUCAGACG